UUGUCUUUUAAACACUUUGAGCCAAAAACAUUGGAAAGUGAACAUGAUGCCAGUGUUUAGUAUAGCUUGUAUGUUUGCAACAACAGUAAAUGUAGUCAUAUUUUAUGUUAUUUUCAUAAAUAUUUGCACUAUGUUGUUAAUACUUUAAAUAAAUGAUUUCCCUUCAUGCAAAGCAGCAAAGUUUGAGUUUUAUGCCAAAAAUCUGCAUUAACCCAUACAGGGCCUUGGGAUUGUAUUCAUAUGCAGUGAACCUUUACACAUUUUGUCAUGUUAUAAGCAAAAAUACAAGGUAUUUUAGUAGGAUUUGAUUCGAUAUUCGAUCUUUUGGGUUAUGUCUCUACCAGCUUUGCACAUCUAGAGUCUGAAAGUUGUGACCAAAGUAGUCCAAGCUCAGUCAAACUGGAGGGAGAGUGUCUGUAAACAUCCAUUUUCAAGCCUUGCCGCAGAUAUAUGAAUUUCCACAACAGAAUGACAAUAACCAGUAACAUUGUAAGAUUUUUCUUAUAAUUAGGUUGGAAACCCCAUUUGUUCCACAUUUAUCAACAUUCCAUAGAAGAAAAAGUAUUCAUCUUUUUUUGCAAAAGUUUUGUUUUUCUCUCUUUUAACACCUAAAAAUAGAAAUAAAAUGGUGGUUCUUUAGACAUGACAGCAAAUUUCCUAUAGUAGAUGUUCAUCAGAAAUCAAAAGUUGUCUUUUCUCUAAAAGUUCAAGUAACAUCAGCCGCUGUAAACGAGAUUUGAUCUAAACCGUUCCACUGUAGAUCUGUCUGUAUGUCUGGGGUUGUUGUUCUGCUGGAAGGUGAACCUACGCCCCAGUUUCAAAUCAUUUGCAGCAUCUAACAGGUUGACAUUCCAGUAUUGUUAUAUAUUUAUCUUCCCAUGAACUCCGACCAGUUUCCCUGUUCCUGCUGUAGAGGAGCAUACCCACAGCAUGAUGCUGCCACCACCACCAUGUGUCAUCUUCAGUGUUAGUUUGUUGACACACACAGCAUUUUGAAUGUAGGUAAAAAGUCCAUUUUGAUCUUAUCUUAUCUGACCAGAAACAUUUCCUUCCACCCCAUAUUUCAGCGCUAUUUAACGUCAGUCACAGCAGUUUGUGGUUCUAAUGUGACAAAAUGUCUGUUUAUAUAACAAGUUAAAAGUGUGUGGAAACUUUUGCAAGGCAUUGUAGUUUCCAAAAGGUUGUCUUUGGUUAUGUUACUUUAAAAGAAUGUUAUACACAGUAAUGAUUACUAGAAAUGGACAAAUGGAGACAAAUAAUAAUUUAUUUACUUUUUAUGAUUUGGGGGAUUUCCCAAAUAAUUUUUCCAGACUUUUGGAGCUAACAUGCUAGAUACAAACUUUCAACCACUGAGUGCAAAUUUGCAUCAGAGCUGAUGUAGAAUCAGGGGCCAAGCCUGAUUAUUUUUAAAAUUACCCAAGAAUAGUAGCUCUUUUCUGUUCAAUUAAAGCUAGUCUGCUGAAAUGUAUCAUCUUUUCAAUAAAUAUGACAUCAAAACAAAGGGAAGUCACAUGCAAAAACACUAACACUGAUUAAUAUUUCUUUGUCAAUUUGAGUCAGCAUCUUCUGUCCACCAAGACCGCCAUGCCUGCAUUGGAGGUGAUCUGCAGCCUGAUUGGCUGGCUGUGUCUCUACCUGUUGUUCUGCUUCACCUUCUCCCAGCGAGGGCCUGAGUGGAACUGUCGCCUGGUCACUUUGACCCACGGGGUCUUCAUAGUGCUGCUGACUGCAUAUGUUGUAUUUGUUGACGGUCCCUGGCCCUUCACACAUGCAGGUACAGAAAACACUGAGCUCCAGAUUUUUGCCUUGGCAGUCUGCCUCGGCUACUUCUUCUUCGACAUGGGUUGGUGCGUGUGCUACCGGAGCGAGGGGCCAGUCAUGCUGGCACAUCACGCUGCUAGCAUUGUGGGCAUCCUUCUGGCCCUGCUGAUGGGUGUGUCGGGCUGUGAAACUUGUGGGGUCAUCUUUGGCAGCGAGAUCACCAACCCCUUGCUGCAGACCCGCUGGUUCCUCCGCCAGCUGGGUCUGUAUGACAGUCUGCUUGGAGAUGCCGUGGACCUGCUCUUUAUCUUACUGUUCGCCACGGUGCGUGUUGGCAUGGGGACUGUAAUGUUUUACUGCGAGCUCACCUCUCCCAGAACAUUGCUGAUAAUGAAGCUCGGCGGUGUGGUCAUGUAUCUAUUAGCGUGGGUGUUCAUGGUGGACAUAGCCAGAUUUGGCUACAAGAAAAGUAAGGCCAAAUAUAGAAAGUGGAUGGAGAACCACAAGCUCAAAGACAUGAACAAAGAAAAGCUAGUUAGACAUACAGACAAGAGUGACUGAGAAGACUGACUCAGAGGCUUUAAAAUAUAGUUCAGGUUUUUUUAAACUGAUGCUUUGUGAAUUUAAUAUCAGUAAUAGUUUUCUUACUUGUGGUGCAGCAGUCUUCAGCUCCAGUACUAGAGAGCCACUGGCCUGCAACUUUUAGAUGGAUUGCUGCACUAACAUACCUCAAUCAAAUGGCUAAAGUACCUCAUUUGCAUGUCAUUAAGUCAAGCAGACGGGGUUAAUGAGCCAUUCAUUCACUUCAGCUCUGUUAGAACACGGAUGUAUCAAAAAGUUACAAGUCAUUGGGUUAGGGUCCAACUGGAGCUCAAGACCCCUGCUGUAGUGGAAAAAUGUAAUCGCCAUGAGAUGGUAGAUCAGUAGAAAUCCUCACAGACAUGGACCAAAAAUGAAAAUAUUUACAUUCAUAGGACAUGAUACUAAUAUUCCACUCGUUUACAAGAGACAAUGUUAAAUGUGUUGCUGUUUUCAGUCUCUUUCAACGCAAAGUUAGGUUUAUUGACGCUGCCAGCUGGAUCAGUCCGUCUUAUCAGCUCAUUAUGGGUCCCCAGGGAUCAUUUCCAAACAACUACAAGACCUGGAAUAGCAUAUGAAUGCAUCAUUUCCAAUCCUGUUACACAAACAACAAACCUGGCAUGGAACUCAAAGCUUACUCCAUUGUUCAUUGACUCCUAGAGCGAACUGAGGACUUGCAGCUCGUCAGGGAGGAUGACGCAGCCUGCAGCAUUAACAGGUUCGGUCGCAGGGACAACAGGUCCAGGAGGGAAACCCAGAUGUUCCUUUCCCUGGUGAAACUCUCAUUCUGGGGGAUCCCAAGUUGGUUUCAGACCAGAAGGGAUGUAUGUAGACCAUCCAGCUGUUUCUUGGUUUUUCCUGGGGUCUCAAAAGCCUCCUAAAGCUGGCGCCCAAAAGCCAUCCUGAUUAGAUGCCUGAACCACCUCAGCUCUGCUCCACUCCACCCCUGAAUAAUGGAGCUUCUCACCUGUAUCUCUAAGAGUGAGUAUUGUUACCUUAACUUGGUGACCAGAUGUAGCAGAUCCGGAAAUUGGUCCUUUCUCCAACCGACAAUAUUCUCAGUCUGGGUCUUCUCCAAACCAACCAACAUACAGGUCCUUCUCAAAAUAUUAGCAUAU